CCAGACUCAUUUGCUGCUCAGCGAACAGUCGACCAAUGAAACUGUUCUGUGGAGACACCUUCCUAUUUCGUGGUGUGAAGUUGAAGAGGCCACAUGAAUUACUGUCACAACACAACUGCCGAGCCAGAGACUUGAAGACAGCUUCUGGAAAUGGCUGAAGGAGACCAGAGUGAGACGUCACAACAAACAGCAGCCAGUGACGAGGAGAAGGGGACGGACAAGCAGCAGGCUUCCCCUUCUGUCAUUGAGAUUCAUGACUCCAUGACUGAGUGUGAGGAAGAAGCGAGGCCCAACGUGGUGCCGAUGGAGGAGAAGGCGUUUGUAUCAAGUCUGCACUCCUUUAUGAAGGACAGAGGUACACCCAUAGAAAGGAUCCCACAUCUCGGCUUCAAGCAGAUCAAUCUUUGGAGGAUCUACAAAGCCGUGGAGAAACUCGGAGGCUACGAUUCGGUGACGGCACGACGUCUCUGGAAGAAAGUGUACGAUGAGCUGGGAGGAAGUCCAGGCAGCACCAGCGCUGCCACUUGCACUCGCAGACACUAUGAGAAGUUGGUGCUGCCCUUUGAGAGACACAUAAAAGGAGAGGAGGACAAACCGCUGCCUCCGAGCAAACCACGGAAGCCGUAUAAGAGAAAUUCGGAUGGCAAAGUCCACAAGGCCGAGAGGAAGAGGAAAAGGACUCAGUCGGAUAGAGAGAUUGAUUCUGAGAUGCUCACCCAGAGAAGUCCAGAAGCCGCCUGCCAAAGUGAAGCCGUGAUGCAUCCUCACCCCUCAGCUCUCUGGGUUGCCACGUCUGACAGACACCAUCCGGACUGCUCUCAACCAAACAGAGCCACCACCAAUCAUCACGUCUAUGCACGGCUGGUCCAGGUCCCCACAUCCAGCCCCUGGACUGCUCACAUCCCAUCUGCUGCUGGAGAGGUCAUCUCUCCUCUGGAGAAGAAAAAGCGCAUGGCUCAGGCGAGCCUUAAUAAGAGUUUGCCGCUGAGUCCUCAAAGUGAGGAUAAAGAAAGGCCCUCCGUCAUUCAGUGCUCGCAGUCUCCAGCCCGAGCUUCUUCUAGCCAGAACUGCAACUCCUCUGAAGGCUCUCCGGUCCCUUUAUCCUCUUCCUCUUCACGCAGCCCUUCCCCUUACUCUGUUUCAUCAGAGGACGGUGCAGCAGGGAAUGAAGAUAAAGCUGCAUCAGGCUCUAAGCUACCCCAAAACUGUUCCAGCUCUGAGAAAAAUACAUCCGGCUGCAGUGAGGAGAGUAAGUCUGCGAGCUGUAGCCAGAUAUCCAAAGACCCUGCAGGACAGAAUAAGGACGUUUCUCACGUCAGCUCCCAAUCUGCAGACUCCAUCAAAGUCCAGAUGAAAGACUCUGCCUGGAAGCGAAUCCGAUAUUCCCCCUAUCCUUUCCACCCGCCCUCCUCUUUCCCUGGGAAAUCUGACUGGGAUCGGACAUCUACCUCUAGUUUCACCAAAGUUAUUCCAAAAUCUGUGCAGCUUCCGCGGCCCGCUCCGAUCCGGCCAGGCUUAAAAAUCCACGAGAGCAGGUUGAUGCAGCAGGACGACUCUCUGACUUGUGCAAAGAAGCUGAUGCACGGCGUGACUCCUUGGCAUUAUGUGACAGACAAGAGGGACAAGUCCAGGACAAUGUUGCAGAAAGUUCCUCACCCUCAGCAAAAUCUGUCCCAUUCCACCGCCAGCAUGCCGAUGUCGUGCGUCCUGACGAGCUACGACAAAUCAGGGAGAGACUCACGACACCAACCUCCAUUGCACUCGGUAUUUCUACCCAACCGGAUGAGACUACCUCAAUCUCAAUUAAUGUACCGUCAUAUCCCAGUGAGCCCGGCUCACUCCGCUCUCAUCGGGCCUGCUGUUUACCAAUAUCCCUACGCCUUCCCUAUGUUAAAUCCCCAAACUGGAUAUGCCCUGCCUACCAUGAGUGCCAUUUAUCCUCACAAGUAGUGAUUUGUUGUACCAGACUUCGAUAAUUCAAACGGCUUUUCUGCUGCUCAGUUUGAUUUUUGGUGAAGCCCUAUUUGUGUUUUAAAGAUGGAAUUAGUAUGCAGCACACAAACAAGAGAGAUAAUUACAGGAUCAGGUUGAAUCGUCCAUUAUUUAAUCAACCUACACUGAAUUUGCCAUAAUCAUAUGGAUUAAAAACAUGUAUAUUUGUAAUUGUAUAGAGUAAAAUUUACAAGUUUAAAAAAAAAAAAGUUACAUUUUAUCACUUCACAAAUGGGCAUGUUACAGAUCAUCAACAGGCACCAGUAGUUAAGUUAAACUCUGUUCUUGCACAUUUGUACGCACAAUUUCAAUACUUUGUGUUAAAGGGUCUAAAGAGCCUUCUUAUUGUAAUGUGAAGUCUGUUAAACAUAAUAAUAUUGUGUAAAUAUUGUACGUACCAGAUACCAGUGUUAAAUAUUAGAUGUAGCUCUCAUUUUCAUGCAAAUGUAUUUAAACAGAAAGUAGGUAGAUGAUCAUAAUUAAAUAAAAAAAAAUAAAGAAAUACUAAAACCUUU